ACAACAAGCGGGUAGUCCAGGACGCGGUAACCAGGUGGUCGUCCACAUGCAGCAUGGCAGCGCGACUGAUAGAGCUUAAGGUACCAAUUAAGAUGCACGAGGCGGCGGACAAGCUGGGCCCGCUACUUUCGGCGGCAGACUGGGCGGUUCUUAAGAUGAUAUUAUUGCUGUCCUGGGACCAACCGUUCAGAAACAACACCCAGACUUUGCUUGAGGGCCACAAGUAGUGUGUGACGGGUAGCUUAGUGGUACCCGUCAUCUACGACCUACGACCUCCGCAACAGCCUCGAGGACGCGAUCGACGAUCUCGCCGAGCUACCGCCCGACUCGGACGCCAACGUGAACACGGCGAGGGCGGCGGUGAUGCCGUGCAUCAAGGCGCUCCGAGACGAUUUCAUCAACCGGUGGGGAGACGGACGCAACAUCCUGAUCUACAAGGAGGGCCCCAGGCGGCAACCAGCUGGUUUCAAGCCUGUGCAGGUGCUAGCAACCGCGCUCGACCCUCGCACGAAGAUCCUGCAUGGAGUGGACGAGGACGAGAAGGCCGACGUUUGGAAGCUCGUGCAAGAAGAAGAGGCGGUGAAGAUCGCGGUGGAAACCCGCAAUGCGGAAAACUCUCAGCGCACCUCGUCGCAGCAAGGACCAGAAGCAGCGGCAGGACCGGCAUCAUCGUCUACCAGUGCGGGCGCAGAGGAAUCCUCGAGAAAACGCCCACGCCGUGGUGGUGGUGGGUUCAUGGCGGCGGCGCAAGCGGUCGGAGGCGCACGAACCCCGCAGCUGGGCGANNNNGAUCUCGCCGAGCUACCGCCCGACUCGGACGCCAACGUGAACACGGCGAGGGCGGCGGUGAUGCCGUGCAUCAAGGCGCUCCGAGACGAUUUCAUCAACCGGUGGGGAGACGGACGCAACAUCCUGAACUACAAGGAGGGCCCCAGGCGGCAACCAGCUGGUUUCAAGCCUGUGCAGGUGCUAGCAACCGCGCUCGACCCUCGCACGAAGAUCCUGCAUGGAGUGGACGAGGACGAGAAGGCCGACGUUUGGAAGCUCGUGCAAGAAGAAGAGGCGGUGAAGAUCGCGGUGGAAACCCGCAAUGCGGAAAACUCUCAGCGCACCUCGUCGCAGCAAGGACCAGAAGCAGCGGCAGGACCGGCAUCAUCGUCUACCAGUGCGGGCGCAGAGGAAUCCUCGAGAAAACGCCCACGCCGUGGUGGUGGUGGGUUCAUGGCGGCGGCGCAAGCGGUCGGAGGCGCACGAACCCCGCAGCUGGGCGAAGGCGCUGAUAGCUCCACCAACCACUAG